AGAAACUCAAUCAUGAAGAUUGUGGAAGAUGAAAAAUGUGAAUGAUUGCAGUUGCACCCACAUAGAAAUCAUAGCCACUCCACAACAAGUUUUCAGUUCUGCUCCUUAUGAGGAAAGAAUCUUUUGGUAUCUGUGCACAUUCACUGCUGAAAUCCCUCCAAAGUUCCACAUUCUUGAGGUUUGAGUAACUGAUAUAUAUUAUAAAGAAUGUUUGCUGGUUUCAAGGCCAUUCCAUCUGAAUUUAAUGAAUGACAGCACUGCACUUGUUCCCAUGCAUCAAGCUUUCUGAAACGGUGGCUCUUGUCCUUUUUAACAAAUUUAUCGGAUUUCAAGAAAUGGAUCAAAGGAAUUGAAGUUGACCUGUGUGAUAUUGUUUAAUGGCCAAGAAGAAGAGCUGGUUCAGUCUGGUGAAGAGGCUGUUUAUAUGGGAUACACAUUCAACACAAGAGAAGAAAACUUCAUUCCAGAAGGAGAAAAGAAGGAAAUGGAUAUUUGGGAGGCUAAAGACCAAGAGAUUACCUUCAAUUACAGCUCCACCACCAUCAAAAGAAACAACCCUUAGUGAAGCAGAGGAAGAACAGAACAAGCAUGCUUUAACUGUGGCUAUUGCCUCAGCAGCAGCUGCUGAAGCUGCUGCUCAGGUUGCUGCUGAAGUUUUUCGACUCACUGGGGUCUCAGAAUCUCAACCUGAUAGAACUAGGAAUGCUACUACUCCUCAAUUCACAUACCAAUGCCAGAUGGAGAUCCAAGAAUCUGCUUCAGCCAUCAAAAUUCAAACUGCAUUUCGGGGUUACCUGGCAAGGAAGGCUCUGAGGGCAUUGAAGGGAAUAGUGAAGCUUCAAGCUAUCAUUCGUGGGAGAGCAGUGAGGCGCCAAGCUAUGAGUACUCUCAAGUGUUUGCAGUCCAUUGUAAGUAUACAGUCACAGGUUUGUGCAAAGAGACUCCAAAUGGUUGAAGGGAAAUGGGAUUGUGCUGAAAAUGAAGUGAUGCAAGAUUCCAAAGACAAGAUAAUUAGGAUGGACUCAAACAGUGAAAGAAAGUGGGAUGACAGCACUUUAUUGAAGGAAGAGGCAGAUGCCUCUUGCAUGAGCAAGAAAGAAGCAGUUCUCAAGAGAGAAAGAAUAAAAGAAUACUCAUUUAGCCAUAGAAGAUCAGCAGAGACAGAAAGAAGUAAAGUAAAUGGAAGAUGGAGGUAUUGGCUGGAGCAGUGGGUAGAUACACAACUUUCAAAAAGCAAAGAACUUGAAGAUUUAGACUCAGUUUUUAGUUCACAUUCUAGAGGUGGGGAGGAAUACGGAGGAAGACAACUUAGGCUGAGAAGUGAUCCAAGACAAAAUCCAGUUGAAGGGUUAGAAUCUCCAAUACUUGCUUCAAGAUUAAGAUCUUUUCCUCAUAGGAGACAGUGUUCAGUGGGAGAAGACAACGCAUUUUCAAGCUCUCCUGCAACUCCAGCAUACAUGGCUGCUACUGAAUCAGCAAAAGCAAAAGCAAGAUCAACAAGCUCUCCAAAAUUAAGGACAGGGAGUUUGGACAUGAACUCUGAUACAUAUUCACCAUGCAAGAAAAAGCUAUCAAUUGCAUCGUCUAUUAACAGUGAUGUUCUUGGUAGUGGUAAAAUGGGGAAGAUCAGUGGUUGUAACCAGCAAAGAUCUCCAAGCUUUAAGGGUCUUUCAAUGCCUAUAAAAUCAAGCCGAACUAUAAAGGAUCUCAGUAUUAAUUCAGAUUGCUCAUUGCCUAAUUGGGAUCGAAGUAGUUCCUUCAAAUGA